UCGCGGGACGAAGUUUGGCGGUAAAAUAGCUGUUCUUUCCCAGCCCUUGUCCUCUUGAAUGGAGAGAGAGGAGCUCUGAGGUGGACGGACAGGAGACACAGACUGGGUCGAGUUCCGCAUCAGAAGGAGUAACAACAAGCUGUAAAUCUCAAGGUGGGACUGACUUUCACUGGAACUUUGAAGCCUUUUGGACUAGGCUUCAAUUAGUGGAUGUUUGCAAAUAUUUAUUUAUGAAGCCGGCAUUUUUAAUACAGUAAUACAACUGUUAGGCUGCUCUGCACUUUGUUCCCGGACAAAGGAUAACAACAAGUAGCAGUCUGCUGCAUUAAGUGAUGAGAAUAUUAUCGGAAAAUACAGCACAGUUGCAUGUUUUAAAUUGACUAGGCCAAUUUAACUGAAUGAAUCAGCAUCUUUGUGAUUAUAUUCACAAGCUAGACAUUUACUAUCACACGAAGCGUGUGGAGGCAGCUCUUUUGCUGAUUCAGACGACAUUUUAGCAAAGCAUUUACUACUUUUAGCUGCUAGCAAACUUCUCCCUCCGCUUGACCAAUCCGGUUAAAUUCAGUUAACUCAGGAAAAUGAUGCGGAUGCCUAAAGGCGUCUCUCCGGCAGCGACUCGGCCGGCUGUCGGACUGUCCUGCUCCCAGAACAAAAUGAAGAUUUUAUCCACCGGGGGAGUGAAGGCUGAGUUCUUCGGUUCCGGGCUGUCCAGCCCGUUAAUGAACACGGUACCGGCCGGAUAUUUCUCCCAGAUCUGCAACACCGCCACGGCCGAACAAAGAGCCAACAGCCUGUACUCAACCCCCCACGGACCCGAGGCUAAACCCAUCAGAUCAUCCUCCGGGCGACUGCCGGCUAAAAGGAAGCUGGAUUUGGAGGACCCUCUUUAUCUUCCAGAGUUCCGCACACCCAAAGGCAAAGGCAGCAUCGCGGCGAGGAUACCAAGUCCAAGAACUCCAAAGUCUCCAGGUGAGCGAACACGGUACGACACUUCCUUGGGCCUCCUGACAAAGAAAUUUGUGGGUCUGAUUGCCGAGUCGCCUGAUGGAGUUCUCGACUUGAACUGGGCCACUGAGGUCCUGGAAGUCCAGAAGAGACGCAUCUAUGACAUCACCAAUGUCCUGGAGGGAGUCCAGCUCAUCAGAAAGAAAUCCAAGAACAACAUCCAGUGGCUUGUUGGAGAUGUAUUUGAGGGUGGUGCAGGAGGAGGAGAGAAGGCCUGCGCCCUGAGGAGAGAGCUCGGAGCCUUGGAAAGAGAGGAGAGAUCUCUGGAUGAAUUGAUCCACUCCAGCACCGCACAGCUCAAACAGCUCACAGAAUAUGAUGAUAAUCAGAGAUUGGGCUAUGUAACGUAUCAGGAUAUCCGAUCCAUCGGCAGUCUCAAAGACCAGACAGUUAUUGCUGUGAAGGCACCUGCUGACACCAAACUGGAGGUGCCAGACACAGCAGGGCAGGGAUCAUUACAGAUCUAUCUCAAGAGUAAGAAUGGUCCCAUUGAAGUCUACCUGUGUCCAGAGGAGGGUCUUGAAGAUGCAAGCCCUGUUAAAAGCGCUGUCACCCCUAAGAAAGAGUUCCCUCAAACCCACUGCGCUUCAACUCCAACCCCCAUGGGCCCACCAAGCUACUGUGUCAAAGAUGAGCCAGUAGAAUCAAACAUCUCUACAGCAGCCCCAGCCGCCUCCUCUGCUGCAGCCUCCACUUCCUCUCUGCUGGACGUUGAGGGUCUGCUGGGUUUGCCCCCGAGUCUCCUCCAGAUGACAGAAGACCAGCUCCCCUGCACCUCUUUCACCUCAGACCCCAACACCCCUUUUGUCAGCUUCUCUCCACCUCUGGACCACGACGAUUACCUCUGGAGCCUGGAGGACGGAGAGGGAGUGUCAGAUUUCUUUGACACUUAUGAUCUUGGAGAUCUGUUGAAGAGCUGAGGUAUAGAUGGAGGAGAGGUGAGGGGGGGAUUUAGGAAGGGGUUAUUUAAUGAAAUGCCUUCUCGAGGUAGGAUAUAUUACACUAUGAAGCCAUCACUCUUUAUUAAUGCCAUGCUUGUUUUAAUGCCAGUGAUUCAAAGAGGAGUGACAUCCUUUGUUAUUUUAAUAAAAUAAAAUAAUUUGUAUAUAUGGUUGUAAAAUGUGAUCAGACUGAGAGGCUUGGUGAGAGAUGUACACUGAUUGGUGUAGUCUCAAAAUUUAGGAGAACACUGUUUGAAAGGGGGGCCUCUUUUGGAUUUUCUUCCACAUUUUCAGAAACAGCUUCAAAAUUAAAAAUAUAUUAAAUCAAUUUGCAAAACUAACAGGAGUUAUUAUGCAUAUCAAAUCACCAGUAACUAAAUCAGAUGCGUUCAGGUGUCAGGCCAGAGUUUACAGUGUGACAACUCAGGAAUUUCUUGUUCUUUCUUUUUUUUUCCAAAGUCUAAAUGUUUGUACCACUCUGUGACCCAUAGGGGGCAGCCUUGUAUUAUGUCAGCUUUAACUGCCAGGCAGCUACACAGGAUUGAAUCACUGGAUGAGAGUAGGCAAAAGCCAUCAAGACCAACAUGCCAGGUGUGUUUUUAAGAGUCCUACCAUCUUCAACACGCAUUGAAUUAAACUGUGAAAUCCUCUGUUCCAUUUCUUAUAGAUAAACAAGCACCUACAGAUUGAGCUAACAAAAUCUGUAAUGGUUGCUCAUGUUGUUUCUGUCUGAUCAGGUUUGCUCUCUCCUUCGUUAAGCUUUGUGUCAGGCUUAGUGCUGCGUUCUGUGCCAAAAUAUGAGACACCCGGUGCUGGAUACAGAUCCAGAGUUAAUGUCUGAUAAUGAUUACUCUGAACAGACACAGUCUCUACAUUGCAGGAGUCACAUCGCAUUGUUGGUUUGGCAGCUUUAUUAACGAGCCAUGGUGCUACUCUGUUGAUUUUUCAUUAAGUAGUUUGAUAUAGUGGUAUAAAACUACUGUUGUAUUUCUGAGGAAAUUACCCCAAGUAAAUGAAACGCAGCCUUUGUGUUGCAGUAAAUUGAUAUAAUCAAGGUUUAAUUAGAGUAGUAAUAAAUGUCCCUUUUGUUUUAAAUGGGAUGAGCUCUGUUGUCAAGAAGCAUCAGUUUAAAUACGUUUGUUUUUACUGUUCAAAUUUGAAUCCCUUAAAUGCUUUCCCACGUGAUGCAACCCUUUUAAAUGUCAAAGUCAUGCACCCAAGUUCAGGGCAGCUGUGGCUUUCAUCUGUUCAGAGUAUUUUUUCCUCAAAGGGUUUUAGGCAUUUGGACGUUUGAAUUUGAUGCUGAUGUGUUUUUUUUUCUGGCUUUCCCUCUCCGCUGCAGAGAUAAGCUAACUGUCCUGUCCUAACAAAACUUGAAAACGUGUGUUUGUGAGUGUAUUUGACAGCUUGGGAAAAUGGGUGUCGUGGUGUGUUUGAGGUGUGAGUUUUUACAACAUAGAUGAGAAAAUAUGUGAAUUCAGAAUUUGUAGUUUUUUUUCAAUGAGCAUUAUUUUUCUGGUAUUUGUACAUAGUUUGUUUUUGUAUUUAUACCUUCUUCUGAAUUUUUUGAAAGUUAACGCUGGCUUUUUGUCAGCACAAACUGCUUUUGUAUGACAUGCAGCACUUAAUAUUUUUGUAAUAUUGUGUGGUCUGUUUGAAAUGAUAAAAUAAAUACUGAAGCCAUGGUUUACACUCUGAA